AUGUCAAACGUUCAGAUGCAAGAUAAUCGGGUGAUUGACAUUAUCAAAUUGCUAAGGCUGGAAGGAUUGUUUAGAGCCCCUUCUAGAGAGAUAGAUCAUUGCCUAAUAUCGGCCCUAGUUGAGCGAUGGCGGCCGGAGACUCAUACGUUCCAUCUUCCACAUGGUGAGAUGUCAAUCACCCUACAAGAUGUGGGGGUGAUUUUCGGACUUCCUAUAGACGGUGAGGUCUUGGUUGGGCCUACUGCUAUGGAGGAUGGGGAUUGGAGUCAAGGAGUUGUGUCGGGCAAGCGAGAAAGGGGCAUCGCAGAUUGGUGGGGCGUGCACCUUGGUCCAGUAUUGGGCAUGGGCAAGGUUGCCAUUCUUGUGCCUAAGGAUAGAGCCCCCACUUGGAUGUGGGUGCGGGUGCCAAGCCCGAAGAGUAGGCCAUCCGGCACGGCCUUGGUCCACUAUCGCGAGCAAUUAGUGACAAUGCAGCUAGACCAAAUUGUGUGGCAGCCAUACGAGGCAGACUUCGGCCACCUUCCUGAAUUCUGCGUUGCAGGGAGGGAUACAUGGACAGCAAGGGUGCCGCUUGUGUGUUUUUGCAGAGUAGAGAGACACCACCCGGACCGUGUCCUUCGACAGUUUGGGUUGGCGCAGCAGCGGCCUGACGAUGUUGUCUAUGAUGAUAGACUGCAUAAAAUAGACUUACAUGGGAAGGUCGAAAAGAAUUGGAGGGAGGAGAAUGGACCGUAUAUCAUUUCAUGGGAAAUGAGACGACAACAAGUUUGUCAUGCACCUCCUCAGAUUGAUUUGCAGAUAUUGAAAAUUUUGAAGAAUGGAAGUGUGAGAGGCCUUAGUGUUGUGGCCUUUGAGCUUGAAGUAGUCGGCUACACCAUUGCACUAGCGUAUUGUCUCCACCAAGGGCUUCCCUUUUCAGCUUUUGGGGAGUUGGCGUUUCUUUUGGUCCAAGCUAUAAUUUUAGUUGCCAUAAUCUACUAUUAUUCUCAACCUUUGGGUGCCUCAACAUGGAUCAGGGCAUUAAUAUAUUGUGCUGUAGCACCUACCAUCUUGGCUGGUCAAAUUGAUCCCAUUCUCUUUGAAGCACUAUAUGUUACUGAACUUUCCCUGGAAGAAGCUGAGAGUGUGACAGGUGGCUAUGAUAAAAGUAUUAGCCAUGUGAUCAUUGGAUUAAAAACUGUGAAAGGAACCAAGCAACUGAAGUUGGACCCAACCAUUUAUGAUGCCUUGAUCAAGGAGAAGGUGGCUGUUGGUGAUGUUAUAUAUAUUGAAGCAAAUAGUGGAGCAGUAAAGAGGGUGGGCAGAAGUGACGCUUUCGCUACAGAAUUUGACCUUGAAGCAGAUGAAUAUGUUCCACUUCCUAAAGGAGAGGUUCACAAAAAGAAGGAGAUAGUUCAGGAUGUGACACUACAUGAUCUGGAUGCUGCAAAUGCACGGCCUCAAGGUGGGCAAGAUAUUCUGUCACUAAUGGGGCAGAUGAUGAAGCCUAGGAAAACAGAAAUCACUGACAAGUUAAGACAAGAAAUUAAUAAGGUUGUUAACCGGUACAUUGAUGAAGGUGUAGCAGAACUUGUCCCUGGAGUUCUAUUCAUUGAUGAGGUACAUAUGCUGGAUAUGGAAUGCUUUUCAUACUUGAAUCGUGCUUUAGAGAGCUCACUGUCUCCAAUAGUAAUCUUUGCCACAAACAGAGGGUUUUGCAAUGUGAGAGGGACUGAUAUGAACCGUCCUCAUAGCAUACCUGUCGACUUGUUGGACCGGUUAGUUAUUAUCCGAACACAAACUUAUGAUGUUGCUGACAUGAUAAAGAUUUUGGCUCUCCGUGCAAAUGUGGAGGACCUCGUAAUAGAUGACGAAAGUUUGGCUUACCUGGGUGACAUUGGUCUACAAGCAUCCUUAAGGCAUGCAGUUCAGCUGUUAUCGCCCUCCAGUAUUAUGGCAAAAAUGAAUGGCCGUGACAAUAUCUGCAAGGUGGAUAUUGAGGAAGUGAAAGCUCUCUAUAUGGAUGCAAAGUCUUCAGCAAGACUUCUUCAAGCGCAGCAGGAAAAAUACAUUUCAUGAAAAUUCUAAACAAUUUUCCCUGAAUGUCAAAGAUAGUCUGAAUUUGGAAGUAGCAUUAUUUAGGUUCGGUUAGCUUCUCUGUCGUGAGUUUUGAAAGAGCAGGAGGUUUUGGUCAAAGACUUUGGCUUCGUUGAUAAUUAAUGUGUGUAAAGGCGAAAUGUUUCAGAAGUGUUCCAAGCUACGGGAAAUUUGUAUUUGUCACAUGAGUAGUGUCAUGGUUAUGCUGUCAGCAGCGAUGCAAGUGGUGAAACUCUAGUUGUUGCACCAUUCUGUUAAUGAAUGCAUUGGUGUAUGGAACUAAGCUUUCAAAUACACUUCAUAUUUACCCUGGAAAAUUACUAACCCAGUUAAGUGAUGAUCACUAAUUCUUUACUUUA